UGUGCUUCCAGAUGCACAAGUGGCCUUGUGGCCUCCCUUCUUUCUUUCCUUUUCUUGUCAACAGCUUUACUGAGAUAAAAUUCACCCACUUAAAGUAUACCGACCAGUGGUUUUGGGGUUCAGCCCAGAAAGGAACCCCGACCCACCCACGGUCACUCCCCUCGUCGCUGCGGUCAAUACGCUACUUUCUGUCCAUGGAUUUGCCCAUUCUGCACAUUCCUGCAGCAGGUGGUCCUUGAAGACAGACUCACACUGAGCACGAUGUUUUCAAGACCCGUCCACGGUGCAGCUGGAUGACAUUACCUGGUGCGGACAGACAUCGUGUCCCAUCCGUCCAGCAGUCUGGGUGCUCGGGUUGUUUCUGCCUUCUGGCUGUCACGAACGAUGCGGCUGUGGGCGUGCGUGCACAGGCUUUUGCGUGGACAUCUGCGUUCGUGUCCCCCGGGCAGAUCCCCCGGGUGGGGUCGUUGGGUCUUCCCACCUGUCCGUUCCGAGAUCGCGCCCAGUACUGUUCCAACCACGGCACCUGCACCGUUUUUGCGUCCCCACCGGCGCCGUGCGGGGCUCCAGUGUCUCCUGCCCUCGCCUACACUUGCCCCCGUCUGUGUGUGACCGUGGCCGUCCUGAUGAGCGGGAAGGGAUGUCUCACUGUGGCCCGGGUGUGCGUUUUCCUGAUGACUGACGAUUCUGAGCGUCUCCUUGUGUGCUCGUUGGCCACCUGUGAAUAACCUUUGGAGAAGGGUGUGUUCGGAUCCUUUGUCGUUCCACGCCGCUGCCUUUCUCCAGUGCAGUCCAAUGUGGGAUAGACGUGGCCACGACUGGCGGGUUCACGGGUGCUGAGUCAGCCUCUGACAGGUGGCCUCUUCUGUUGACCCCGCCUUGGGUGGCAGGGACUUCGGCUGGUGAGUUCAGGUAUCAUCCGAGGGGCAUACUUCUCAUCCAGCUCCCAUCACGGAGGAAGGUGAGACCCCAGAGGCUGCACGAUCGGGAGCGUGCCGGGGGCAGAACUUCUGAAGCCCCCACGUUAGGCCGGGCUGAUGGGGACGCCCAUCAGAAGGAGAAAGCAGCCUCGGUUCUCUGCUUCUUGGGUGUUAACGUCACAAGCUGUAGCCCGUUGGGUCCUCCAGAGGCCCCUGUGAGGAAGCUACUGUUUUCUCCUGUCUGUAAAUGGGGGACUGAGGCCUGGGAAGUCAGGCUUGGAGCCCAGUCUCCAGGCCCUGCCCUCCAUCCUCAAGGGACGGUCCCCUCAGAAGACGGAUGGGCUGGUACCGAGAAAGAGCGGGGCUGCCCCGUGGAGACCCUGAGCCUGCAAGUCGGGCUUCCUGGUCUGUGAGGUCACCUUUUUGGGGACGCCUGGCCCGGUCGGUGGGCCCACGCUGGCUGGCAGUGGCUCAGCACAGCCACCCUGCUGACCACAGCAGUCCCGCGGCUGACUGUCCGCGCGCCCACCCCUCUCCCCUCCCAGUCGGCGGCUGCAAUGUGACAGUUCCUCAAAUCACAGCACGUGUGAGAAUCACAACUGGACACGAAGACAUGCCUCUGAAAUUACUGGCUUCCUCUACUUCCGCUUUCUGAGUUGGUCAUGCUUCUGGAGUGGUGGUCCUGCACGGAGUGCACGCUCUUCACUGACCAGGCCACGGUGGACCGUUUCGGCAAGGAGCACGUGGUCGUCAUCCUCAACCACAACUUCGAAAUCGACUUCCUCUGUGGGUGGACCAUGUGCGAGCGGUUUGGCGUGCUGGGGAGUUCCAAAGUCCUGGCGAAGAGGGAGCUGCUGUACGUCCCCCUCAUCGGCUGGACGUGGUACUUCCUGGAGAUCGUGUUCUGCAAGCGGAGGUGGGAGGAAGACCGGGACACCGUCAUCCGGGGGCUGGAGCGCUUGGCGGACUACCCUGAAUAUAUGUGGUUCCUCCUGUACUGCGAGGGCACGCGCUUCACGGAGAAGAAGCACCGCGUGAGCAUGGAGGUGGCCGCCUCCAAGGGGCUGCCCGCCCUCAAGUACCACCUGCUGCCUCGAACCAAGGGCUUCACCACGGCGGUCCAGUGCCUCCGGGGGACAGUCGCAGCCGUGUAUGACGUCACGCUGAAUUUCCGCGGAAACAAGAACCCGUCUUUGCUGGGGAUCCUCUACGGGAAGAAGUACGAGGCAGACAUGUGCGUGAGGAGGUUCCCUCUGGAAGAGAUCCCGCUGGAUGAAAAGGAAGCAGCUCAGUGGCUCCACAAACUGUACCAGGAGAAGGACGCGUUGCAGGAGAUGUAUAACCAGAAGGGCGUGUUUCCAGGAGAGCAGUUCAAACCUGCCAGAAGGCCGUGGACGCUUCUGAAUUUCCUCUUCUGGGCCACGGUCCUGCUGUCUCCUCUUUUCAGCUGUGUCUUCGGCGUCUUUGCGAGUGGUUCCCCCCUCCUGAUCCUGACGUUCCUGGGGUUUGUGGGGGCAGCUUCCUUUGGAGUCCGCCGGCUAAUAGGAGUAACUGAAAUAGAAAAAGGCUCUAGCUACGGAAACCAAGAAUUUAAGAAAAAGGAGUGAUUCCUGGCUGUGGUUGCGCACACGUAACCCGACGGCGGUGUCCAGUUAACUCAAUUAAAAACAGAACCACACACCCAGAUCGGAGGAAAAGACACUUAGAAACUAUUUUUCUUAUUAACUGGUGACUAAUAUCAACCAAUAAACCUUGAGCCAAGAGCAAAGCCGUCGGAAGGCCUGCGGACGAAGACGCCAGCGGCACCCCGGGCGGGGUCCCAGGGUCCCACGAGCCAGGCUCCGAGGGCGCCGUGAGUGCGGGCCCACCGCUGCGGGGGGCCGGGUCCCACCCCACCGCAACCUUGCGAGCAUUCUGCCUGCCAGAGGGAGCCUUCGGCUGCUUUCUCUUCUUAAACUUAGAUCCAUUUUUGGUUUUUACCAGUUAUUUUGGGAACUCCCCCCCCCCCCCCCCCCCCCCGCCUCCUCCCCUGACCCCAGCAAACCCUCCCCAGCCCUCCCGGGAACGAGGACAUGUCAGCCCCCAGGCCCACAAAGCACCUGCCCGUCCUGUCUUCACACACGGGUGUUCUCGGGUGACCAGGGCGGGCCGAGCGCCAGGUGGCCGGGCAGGUGCCCCUGAGCUGGCGGUGGGGACGCCCCACCCCGGCUGCCUGGCUCCUCCCUGAGCCUGUGUGGAAGCACUUUACAUCCGUUUCUAAAGUGAUCCGCCCCCUGAGACCUCUGUCCCUCUUUUUCCCUGCUCAGUCGUCAGCCCCUCUACUGGGCCGCACCCCUGCCGCCAGCCCCGGGGACAGCUGCCCUGCAGCCCACGGGCCUCUUGGAUGUUGGUUUCAAAGAACGUCCCCACCAGACCUCCUCUCUUCUGGAGGCGGUUGGAGACUGUUCCCUGGGAGCUCGUCGGCUCCUAGGGGUUUUAUUUUUACUGUUGGUCUGUUCAUGGCUCUCGUCUCCCUGAGAAGUAGAGGUGGUGGCCCCCCCUCCCUUCCCCGAGCAGGUGCCUGGGUGCCCGGGGCGGGGGUGGGCACCUCCUUGCGCAGGCUUCGCCUGGGAGCCUGGGAGCACUGCCCCGCCUCAGCUCCCCCUGCUGGGGGGUGUCUGCCAGGGUCCCGACUUCGCUGCAGCCCUGGGCGUGGGGCUCCCCAGCAGGCCUCUCCCCAGGCUCGGCUCAAGCAUCCCGCUGUCCACCCGCUUGCAUCAGACUUCUUUCUUAAACCUCCCGCGUGCUGUUUUCAAGUCACACCCCCCUCGCCUUUUUUUUUUCUUUUCCCCCUCUUUUUAGCAAAGGAAGGAAAAGUAACGGGUGUUAGCCCUGGUGCACUGGAGCCAGCGUGCCGAAUAGAGGCAGGUUGAAUUUUCUAGGAGAAAAGGUGGAGGAAAGAGGCAUGGAGAAAAUAUAGACUAAAUUGGACAAGUGCCUCUGCAUCAGCCCUAAGUGUGUAUUCUGGGAGGCUCUCUGGGGACAGCACGCGGUCUCUAGGACGAGGACGCUGCUGGGUUCUGUGUGAGAGCACCCCGCCCUCCCCCCGCUGCAGGGGGGGCCACCGCGGGUUAGUCUGCUCUCCUGUGGCAUGCUGCUUCCGGCUUCCGUGUUUGUGUCCUGUGCUAACUCACUAACACCUAAAGCAUCUUGAGAACGGUGGGAGGGCACUCCUGCGUGCAUGCGGUCCCUAGAAGGCCCAGGUUUAGGUCUUGUACCUUGUAAUUCAUGGUUCUCCUUGGCCAGAGAAGUUCUCUCCCCCUGAAAUGACUACGUACCGGGCACCCUCCUCCCGGAGCCACUGGAGGGGCCGUGCGGGGUCCGGGUACGAUGGAGGCUGAGGGCGGGCGUAGGUCUUAAGUCUCGGUGAUUCCCUUCUGAUCUAACACAGAUGAGCCCGUGCAUUUGGUGCCCAGACCUUGAGAGCAAGCAAACCUCACCAUGGACGUUGGGGGGGGGGGGGGUUGUUUUUUGUUUUUCUGUGUUUUGUUUCUUUUUGGAGGGGGAUGGAUUUUGCUUUACGUCCGCUUUAGAGGGAGAGGGAGAGGGGGCUCCUUUAAUUUUCAAAAUUAAUAAAUCGCAGAAUAGUGCUUUUCUUCUUUUCUUUUCCUUCACGCCCACAACUCAACAUCGUUGGUGGCUGACGUCACGUCCACGCGGAGGCCACGUGUUUGGACGGUGCCAGCCGGCCGCGGCGGGGGGUGGCUCAGGGCCCGGGCUCUGGCGCCCUCCACGCGGGGCGGCGGGCCGGGGAGCACGGGCGACGUGGGCAGACCCCCUCUGCCGGGCCAGCUGGCCGCUCCGUGCGCCUCCGGAGCCCUCGCCCCCCCUCGCCGGAGGCGCGGCGGGAGGUCCCCCGCGAGCACCCCACGGGCCGAGCUCCAAGCCUGGGGACCGCGGGCGGCUUGCCUCUCAGGCACCAGGUGCCGCGUCUGGUCCGCCCCGCCCGGCGAGUGGAGUUUGGGUUGUGGGCGCCCCCCCCCCCCUCCGUGUCCAGCUGGGGAGAGGACCACAGAUUCUUUGCCCCCCCCCCCCCCCCCCCCCCCCCAGUUCCAGGGGCUUCUAAGGUGCCUGUGGCACUUCCUGGUGACUCUGUGGCAGCUAGCAGCACCCGGGGACUCUGGUGGCGUCAGUGACGGUCCCCACUGCAUGCAGGCGAGGAGGCCCUGGGGAAGGGCUUCGCCGGUCAGAAAGAGAGCCCGUCCUCGUUUGCGAUUAAUCCGAAGGAAGAAGUGGCACCGGCCGUACGGGGCCUGGUGGCCGCGUCCUUCCUGUGUCCCCUCCAGCCCGUCCUCAGGAAACACAGCCUCUCGUAGACACGAGCUCUGCGUCCACAGACCGCUAAAGAGCAACAGAAAACGGCGUGAGCAGCACUCCAUUGUAAACAGGGCAGGAAUGCUCACUGACGCGUGCUGGGUCUCCAGCUGUCCGUCCCCGGGACCCCUCCUCGUGCACCGUAGCUCGGGAACCCUUCCUUCCGCCCAUGUAGUUCCCGAGCGUUGAGGCCGAUCUGAAGAAACAGCACUGGGCUCCAUCACGUGCGGUGCGGGAGGCUCCCGUCUGUCCGGGCCCACGUGGCUACCGAUUUGUGUCCUCUCUGGGGUGACGGAUAAGUAACUCUCUGCAUGUUGCUUUGUCUCUGCCCGAGACGCCUCUAGGAGUAGCCAGAUAGGAUCUUUGCAGCCUGCUGGUUUUCAGCCGCACCGUUCAACCUCGUGUGUAAACUCACGCUUCAGAUUUCGCACCCAGACCUGCAUGCUUUCCCCGGCAUGCGGCACUCGGUGUUUAGCGGCGUGAUGUGGCUUCUAACCCUUCCGAGGUGUAACCAGGCUUAGGGCCAACACGGAGGGCCCCGCACGCCUACCUGCUUCCUCUGGACACGGCACGUCCCUGGCCCAUGUGCCGCCCCUUUCUCUCGCAAGGUGGCUCCUGAAGAAAAGCGAGCCUCCGUGAGCACCCGGGGCCACCAGGGUGCACGCGGACGUCACCCCCCGGGCUCCACGUCCUCGCCUCUUGGGGCCCAGACACGCGCACACACACACAGGGUCGGGUCUGGGGCGGAGGACGUGACGCUCCGUUCCGCUUGGCUGGGGGAUGGACACACAUGCACCGAGCGUCACCGCAGGCAUUUGCCGCCGUCCGGUUUGGUGAAACCGGUGAUGUUCCCACAAACUGCUCGGGGACGUGAGAGGACAAGAGCACUUUUCGGGGACCCAGGAGGUGGCUGGAGGAGUUGACACUGGUCAGCCCUGCCAGCAGCCGAAUAUUCUUUUCAAAGACGAUUGCUCAACGGUUCUAAGCCUUUUGUCUCUUUGUUCAUAAACCUUUUAGUUUCUUUCUGUUGCAAAAGGGGACAGAAAUCGCACUGUGAACGAGGCACUGAAAGGCACUGAGUGAAUUAGGCUGGUUGAUUUGGACACGCACCUCUGCUCUGCUUGUAUUUAUUGUCUCAGAAUCGUGCGCUGUGACAAUCAGACGUGACUUGCCUCGAUGGCGGGAAAUUCAACUGGCUUCUUGAACGUAAAGACCGUCCAUAAGCACUGUAACUGUGACGGGAAUCUCUCUCUCGAGAAAAACCACGCAAACCAUUGACUCGUGCAGGCGACGGGCGCUAGGGUUCUUCUUCCAUCACCGAUGACCUAUCACACCUGACUGUCGGCCAGUUUCGAAGAGUGAUACGUUAUAUACAGGGUGCAAAUGUACUAUAUGAAUGUUUCCUUUUGUACACUUCAUUUUUUUACAAGUUUUGCUACUCACAAGCUGUAUGUAGUUGAGGAGAGCGGUAUUUUUGGCCUCUAGGAGCCUGUGGGGGUGGGGUGGGGCUUGGGGGAGCUACCUUAGAUCUUAAAAGCGUGUGUCCCAAACAGCUGGCUGUGUUUGCCGCGCUCCGUAAAGAUCACUUUGUACACGGGCAUGUGCGAACCUGCCUGAGUGAUGGUACCUUCUAGAUAAAUGCUGCAGGCGCCAUGCGUGUUUGCUAAAAUCGCUGCUGUCCCAGAGAAGGACGAAACCUCCACAGGAGAGAUGAGCGCGACCUCGGCCUCCUUCUGUUCCUUUGCUUCUAGCCCGGGUCGCCCCGGGGGGAAGUGGCGGACCUCCCGGCACCCGCCGGCCCGCGGGCCGGCCACCCGCACACGCCACCCCCUGAGGGGCCGCUCUCUUUGAGGCUGUCCUGCUGGCUGCACUUUUCAAGCUUCUCCAUUUCAUAGAAGAUGCUUUUGGAAGGGGAAACUGCAAAGGAGGGUGACCAUCUGGCAAGGGCAAAGGAGAAAGUCGGCGGGUGCAUAAAGUGCUAAGUGACCCUCUGCCUCAAAAGGGGUCUCAAAAGCCAUCAAGAACAAAAGGUUUUCCAAUGUAGGCAUGUAUAUAUCAAAAAUUAUUUUUUUGUAAGAACAAAUUCAUUCUGUGGAGAAAACCAAGGAACAAUUUUUCUUCUUUAUAAAGAAACGGACUCUUGUUAGAACCUAUUCUAGGUUCUCAUGUGUCUGUCUUGUGGAAAUAAACUGAGCUGAAAGAA